CAAAAAUACAUGUUUCUGACUUUUAACCUUUAACAUUACGUUUCUGGCUUUUAAACUUUUAACCUUGCUUAUUUAAACCUAUUUUAAUCAUCGUGACCAAUAUUUAAAAUUCCGAAUGAUCCAAGAAAGAAUGUAAUCAAUGUGUUUUUUAAAGGAAUGAAAGAAAAGUUAGGAACAACUAAGCUUACUACUUAAAACAUUUUAGAAAAACACUUUAUUCCUUUUCCGUUAUUACAUGAACAAAUACUGUGCGGAUCCUUUCGUUGCCAGAUUUUUUAAAACUGAAGUUUAAUGAAAAAAGCAAUGAGGAAAUGAGGAGUCACGUGCAACUAGUUGUAGUCAUGUGAUCAUGUGAGGUGAAAAUGGCUGCUACGGGGGACGAGGCCGCUGCGAUGGACAGCAUCAGUAGAGUUCCUGCACCGCCGACCGACCUCAACCUCCAGCCCGAGCCAGAUCAAAAGAUAGAUGUGUCCGGGACAGAGAACCGGGCGCCCGCACCAAAAAGACCCAGCAAUAACAAUGACGGAUGUGUGGAGACAGCAGAAGAAGCUACUGAGCCUGCUGAACCAGACAUCAAUGAGCUCUGCAGAGACAUGUUUGAUAAGAUGGCAGUGUUUUUACAAGGAGAGCUCACUGCCACAUGCGAGGACUAUAAACUUCUGGAGAACAUGAACAAACUUACCAGUCUAAAGUAUAUGGAGAUGAAGGACAUAUCAAUCAACAUCAGCCGCAACCUGCAAGAUCUUAAUCAGAAAUAUGCCAGUUUGCAGCCCUAUUUGGAUCAGAUUAACCAGAUAGAGGAGCAGGUUACAUCUCUGGAACAAGCUGCUUAUAAACUAGACACAUAUUCAAAGAAACUGGAGGCCAAGUUUAAGAAACUGGAGAAACGGUGAACAUGUUUGUAUGUACGUGUGUGACCUGGGUGGUACACAAGCACUCUUUAAAGAAGUUGAAAUUGUCAUAAGGACUGUGCAGAAAGUAAUGCUAGGUACAGAAUUUGUACAUAUGUUGACUGGAUAAGGCGAAUAAAGCCAAACAGGCUUGCAGCAAUCAUAAUAAAUGUCCUCAAACAACUGUACGCUUUCAAAGCAAUGUGGAUUCUUAAGAUUUCAAGGCAUGAUUUAUAUGUAAAUACAGUAUAGUAUAAUGCUUGUUAUGUGUUGCUAAGAACAGAUGACACUUAUGCAUGUUAAAUAGUGGCUCUAAUCAAUUUUUUAUUUGUUUGCUUAGAAAAGCAAACGUUUUGUAAGCAUUUUUGUAUUGCUGUUUAAUUAUUUUCAAAGCUUUAUCUUUACUAAAAAUGUCAAUUUGUGAACUUUUGAAUAAAUAGAAUCAGAAUAAAAA